UCUGACCUUGAGAUACAUGUACAUUAUUAGCAGUAGGAAUCACUUUGUAUAAAUUCACCUGCAUGGCUGUUUGCAUGUAUUCAUAGAAAUGGAUUUCAGCAAACAAUCUCAAGUCAUAGUCUUGAGUGGCAUUGUUAUUUUUCUUACCCUUCUAUGGAGGAUCUUAAGUAGUAGGUAUUCUAGGAGCCACAAGAAAGAUUACGCUCUCCCAGAACCUCCUGGGGCAUGGCCAAUUAUCGGUCACCUUCAUCUUCUGGGAGCCAACAAGCUAUUCCAUCGUUUAUUGGGAGACAUGGCAGAUGAACUUGGACCCAUCUUCUCGUUACGACUAGGAAGUCGGAAAGCUCUUGUGGUAAGUAGCUGGGGAGUUGCGAGAGAAUGCUUUACAGUGCACGACAAGGCCUUUGCCAACCGUCCAACAACAGUAGCUGUGAAGAUCAUGGGAUAUAAGGAUUCUAUGAUUGGAUAUCUUCCUAAUGGCGCACAUUGGCUUAAUCUACGUAAGCUAGCCGUUGUUGAGCUCCUAUCCAACCGCAGACUUGACAAGCUCAAACAUAUUCCUGAAUCAGAAGUGAAUUUAUUUGUCAGGGGGCUUUAUGAUCUAUGGAAAGGAAAAGGAGAGGGAAGCAUGCUUGUAGUGGAAUUGACAGAAAAAUUUAAGGACCUAACGAUGAAUAUAAUGGUGAGAAUGUUGGCAGGAAAGAGUUAUUUUGGAAAUGGUGAGUGUAAAAAUGAAGAGUCGAAAGAGAUCCAGAAGGGAUUAGAGGAUUAUUUGAAUAUGGCAGGGCUAUUUAUGGUAUCUGAUGCAGCUCCGCUGUUUGGUUGGAUAGAUUCACUAACAGGAUACAAGGGAAAAAUGAAGAAGACAACAGCAGUGAUGGAUAACUUACUUGAGGGAUGGGUGAAGGAGCAUAAACAGACCAGGAAACUUUCAUUGAUCAAUGAAUCGGAGCAAGACUUUAUUCAUGUUAUGCUGUCUAUCAUGGAAUCUGAUCCAGAUGCCCAGAUUUCCGACACAACCAUAAAGGGCACUUGCCUGACUCUCCUUUUAGGCGGAUACGACACAGCAAUGGUCACACUUACAUGGACAGUCUCAUUGCUACUCAACAACCGUCACGUGCUAAGAAAAGUUCAAGAUGAAUUGGACAAGCAUGUCGGAAGAGCUCGCCAAGUAAAUGAAUCAGAUAUGAAUAAUCUACCUUACUUGCAAGCCAUUGUUAAGGAAACAUUACGAUUAUACCCAGCUGCACCACUUAAUGUACCGCACGAAGCUAGAGAAGAUUGCACUGUCGCAGGCUUCCAUAUUUCAGCUGGCACACUCUUGCUUGUAAACCUCUGGAAGUUGCAACGUGACCCGAGCAUCUGGUCCGAUCCCCUCGAGUUUCGACCCGAGAGGUUCGUUGAAAAAGAUGUUGAUAUUGAAAUGUGGGGGCAGAAUUUCGAACUCAUACCGUUUGGAUCAGGAAGGAGAGCAUGCCCUGGUAGCACAUUCGCCAUCCGAGUUUUGCACUUGACACUGGCUCAGUUGCUUCAUGGGUUUGAGCUGGGAACUGUUUCGGACUUGCCUAUUGAUAUGACUGAAGGUUCAGGAAUUACUAUGCCAAAGUUGACACCGCUUGAAGUUACGUUCAAGCCCCGGCUGGCUCCAUCUCUCUACGUAUGAAGCACUGAUUUCACGUACAGGUCUCCAUAUUUAGUUUAUUAAUAAUAAUUAAUAAGCUCCUUUGUCGUUUACGGGGCCGUAUUCAGUAAGUAGAUAUUUAGCUUGCAAGUUUUUCCCAUUUACUUGAAUGGAUUUUUCUUGUUUUAAGCGCAUAGGAUUAGGAUUUAUAUGCAGUCCACUAUAAGUUUAGUACUGUAGUUUUCUAUUUCAUAUAUUUGCGCGUACAUGGUAGGCGUAAAAGAUUUAAGACUCGGUGGAUCUGGAGAACUUAUAAUUUUGAAAAUCUAUCAG